GGGCGAUUAAAACGUCGUAUACAAAUAUGUGUAGGUAUAGUACUACAGAAUAAAACCCUCUCUCUCCUUCCCUCCUUCGCAAAGCUAGAAGCAUAUUACCCGGGCUACACCGCCGCCAGCCUCCACCGUCGCCGCCUUGCUUGCCGCCGUAGCCUCCUCCUCCGCGUCUAAACCCUAAUUUAAAAAACGUCUCUUCGUUUGUUUUUCUUCCCUGAAAGUGUUCAUGGGAUCAAUGAAGAGGAAAUCACUAGAAGACCCAUCCGAGGAACAACCUGGCCCUCCAUCCAAACAGCAGAGAGAGAAUAAUGGUUCAGCCGUUUCCGAUGAGCCUGUGGCAUGUGUGCACGACGUGUCGUAUCCAGAGGGUUAUGUUCCUCGAUCAAAUCCCUCGUCAGUUGAAGGUGAUUCCAAACCGGCCAAGGAGUUUCCUUUCACGCUCGACCCUUUUCAGUCCGAAGCUAUCAAGUGCCUUGAUAGUGGUGAAUCCGUCAUGGUAUCAGCUCAUACAUCAGCUGGGAAAACAGUAGUUGCACUGUAUGCAAUUGCAAUGUCAUUGCAGAACAAGCAGCGGGUAAUAUAUACUUCACCAAUCAAAGCGUUGAGCAACCAGAAAUAUAGGGAGUUCAAGGAAGAGUUUUCAGAUGUGGGUUUGAUGACUGGAGAUGUCACCAUUGAGCCAAAUGCAUCUUGCUUGGUGAUGACUACAGAAAUCUGGCGCAGCAUGCAGUACAAAGGAUCGGAGAUUGUUCGUGAAGUGGCAUGGGUUAUUUUUGAUGAAGUACAUUACAUGCGUGAUAGGGAACGAGGUGUGGUAUGGGAAGAGAGUAUUGUUAUGGCCCCAAAGAAAUCUCGAUUUGUAUUUCUCUCGGCAACUGUACCUAAUGCGAAGGAGUUCGCAGAUUGGGUUGCAAAGGUCCACCAGCAACCAUGUCAUAUUGUUUACACUGAUUAUCGACCAACACCGCUUCAGCAUUAUAUUUUUCCCUCGGGAGGCAAUGGACUUUACUUGGUGGUAGAUGAGAAAGGAAAAUUUCGGGAGGACAGCUUUCAAAAAGCUUUAAAUGCUCUUCUUCCUGCCAGUGAAGGUGACAGGAAGAAGGAGAAUGGGAAAUGGCAGAAGGGUUUGGUGCUUGGUAAGGCUGGUGAAGAAAGUGACAUUUUCAAGAUGGUGAAAAUGAUCAUUAUGCGUCAAUAUGACCCUGUGAUACUUUUCAGCUUUAGCAAAAGGGAAUGUGAAUUUCUUGCCAUGCAGAUGGCGAAAAUGGAUCUGAAUGAGGAUGAUGAGAAAGCAAACAUUGAAAGUAUCUUUUGGAGUGCAAUGGACAUGUUAUCAGAUGAUGAUAAGAAGCUACCUCAGGUUUCGAAUAUGCUCCCCAUUUUGAAACGUGGAAUAGGUGUGCAUCAUUCUGGCUUGCUUCCCAUACUGAAGGAAGUCAUUGAGAUACUAUUCCAAGAAGGGCUCAUCAAGUGCUUGUUUGCCACAGAGACUUUCAGCAUAGGUUUGAAUAUGCCUGCAAAAACUGUUGUCUUCUCAAAUGUUCGUAAGUUUGAUGGAGAUAAGUUUAGAUGGUUAUCCAGUGGAGAGUAUAUACAGAUGAGUGGACGUGCUGGUCGUAGAGGAAUUGAUGAACGUGGGAUAUGCAUUCUCAUGGUGGAUGAAAAGCUGGAACCUUCUACUGCUAAAAUGAUGCUGAAAGGAAGUGCUGAUAGUUUAAACAGUGCCUUCCAUUUAAGCUACAACAUGCUUUUGAAUCAAAUCCGUUGUGAAGAUGGUGACCCCGAAAAUCUGCUCCGUAAUUCAUUCUAUCAAUUUCAGGCUGAUCGAGCCAUUCCUGAUCUUGAGAAACAAGCAAAAGACCUUGAAAAAGAGAGGGAUUCAAUUGUACUAGAAGAAGAGGAUAGCUUGGAGAAUUAUUACUCUCUCCUUGAGCAAUACAAAAGCUUGAAAAAGGAUGUCCGUGGUAUUGUGCUUGCUCCGAGAUAUUGUUUACCCUUUUUGCAGCCUGGAAGGCUUGUGUCCCAUCAAUGCACAAAGAGUAACGAAAGUUCCCCUUCUUUCUCCAUAGAGGACCAAGUCACAUGGGGUGUGAUUAUCAAUUUUGAAAGGGUGAAAGGUCUUUCUGAAGAUGAUGCAAAUAGGAAACCGGAGGAUGCCAACUACACAGUUGACGUGCUUACAAGAUGUGCUGUGCGUAGGGAUGAAGUUGGAAAAAAGACAAUUAAGAUUGUUCCCUUGAAGGAGCCCGGAGAACCUGCUGUUGUAUCUGUUCCUAUCUCACAGAUUGACAGCUUCAGUAGUGUGCGUCUACUCAUACCAAAGGAUCUGUUGCCAUUGGAAUCUCGAGAAAAUACCCUAAAGAAAGUGUCAGAAGUGCUCUCUAGAUUUGCAAAAGAAGGAAUGCCCCUUUUGGAUCCUGAAGAAGACAUGAAAGUCCAAAGUAGCUCAUACAGGAAGGCUGUUCGCAGGAUAGAGGCUUUAGAGAGCCUGUUUGAAAAGCAUGAAAUUGCAAAAUCUCCCCUUAUUGAGCAAAAGCUUAAAGUUCUACACAUGAAGAAAGAACUUACAGCCAAAAUCAAAUUAAUCAAGAGGACAAUGCGUUCUUCCACGGCAUUGGCUUUCAAAGAUGAACUGAAAGCAAGGAAAAGGGUUCUCAGGAGACUGGGUUAUGUUACAAGUGAUGAUGUUGUGGAGUUGAAGGGAAAGGUUGCUUGUGAAAUCAGUAGCGCAGAUGAAUUAACCUUGACAGAACUCAUGUUUAAUGGGGUAUUUAAGGACAUAAAGGUGGAAGAGUUGGUGGCACUUCUUUCUUGUUUUGUCUGGCAAGAGAAGCUUAAGGAUGCUCAAAAGCCCAGGGAUGAUCUUGAGUUGCUCUUUACACAAUUACAAGAUACUGCCAGAAGGGUUGCCAAAGUUCAGCUUGAGUGCAAGGUUCAAAUUGAUGUGGAGAAAUUUGUAAGCUCUUUCCGACCUGAUAUAAUGGAGGCCGUGUAUGCUUGGGCGAAAGGUUCAAAAUUCUAUGAAAUUAUGGAAAUCACUGAAGUUUUCGAGGGCAGCUUGAUCAGGGCUAUCAGGAGAUUAGAAGAAGUUCUUCAGCAGCUAAUACAGGCAGCCAAGUCCAUAGGAGAAGCUGAGCUCGAAGCAAAAUUCGAGGAUGCUGUUUCAAAGAUUAAGAGGGACAUUGUCUUUGCGGCAUCUCUUUACUUGUAAUACAUGGAGAGACUAUAUUUUCCAUUUUUUACACACCAUAGGGGCAUUCAGAAGUGAAAGCGGACGCAGUCUUUGCUGAGUCCGGUAGCAAAUGGUUGUGGAAUGAAUUAUACAUGGAGGAAGAGGAGGAAAUCAAGUUUGUGUCAAGAAGGAAAAUGUAUCUGCUCCUGUUAAAUUUGGUCUCUGGAGAUAUCUCCACACAUUUCGGCCAGGAGGAAGUGCCCCACAUCCCCAGUCCUUUACAAGAGCCCAUGCAGCAGGGAAAAGAGGUUACUCCAAGGCUUUUGGUUUAGGGAAUAGGGAUCCAAUUUUGGGAAAUUAAUUGCAUUAAUGUUUUACUAGUUCGAUGACAAAAUUCUUGUCAAGCUAAUGGUUUUACCAUUGUACCAUCACAGUAGUUGUAUGUAUUUUAUUCUUUGUUGGAAAAUUUUAUCCCUCAUAGUUGGAGUUUGUGUUACAAGAUAGUGCCUAACAAACCUCUACGAGUUUUUGAUUUGCAUCGACGAAGGGAAGUACUCUCUAUUUUCAA